CUGAGACACUAUCGAAGCAAUGCCCGAAACCUUAAUUUUGCUUCGACCUUCCUUUUUUCGUUGUUGCCAAGCCCACGCGUCAUUGAAAUCCACUGUUUAGAACCUUAUUCUCAUGAUUUGUCGCGGUUUUUCGAGUAUGGGACGAUGAAUUAGGUUUUCAGCGAACAAUUACGUCAAUCGGAAAAUGAAGACAUAGCACAUUGAUGCCGGAAUUUCGUGGGAUUUACUGUCUGAUCGGGUGCUCGGGAAGGUGUCGGAAAUGCGUGCACGGAUCCAGUUGGUGUUGUACCAACAUUCGCUCCAUUGAUGCGGAGCGUUUGAUUUUAGCGAAGUUUGGAUCGUUUGUAGCGGAGAGUCGGAAGUCGAUUUUAUUGUGCUGUUAGAUUGUUUCUUCUUGUUGAGAGUGUUCUGGAGGUUGCGGCAAUGGCGACCUCCAUGGGAAGCGGGGGCCUAGGUCCUAAGAUUCUCUUGUCGAAGCCCGCGGCAGCUCGCGCCGAAGGCUCGGGCAGCAGCGGGCCGUCGGGCAUCAAGCUGAUGCGAGAUCGCGACGACGAUGGCGCUGGGAGACGGAUGCCUCAAGUCUCCCUUAACGUGUUAUCUGAUUCCUGGGAUUUGACCCCAGAGCGUUAUCUUCCUCUUAUUGCAGACAAUCAGGAGUUUAUGGUGGUUGGCGUGCUUGGCCCUCCCGGUGCUGGGAAGUCAACGAUUCUAAAUGAACUGUAUGGAUUUGAAUCAAGUUCUCAAGGUAUAUUGCCGCCGUUCAACACUCAAACAGAGGAUAUACGGGCUAUGGCGAGGCACUGCUCUGUCGGAAUUGAGCUUCGAAUGGCUGCUGAGCGUAUCAUCCUUGUUGACACACAGCCACUUUUCAGUGCUUCAGUUCUUGUUGAUCUCAUGCGGCCUGAUGGCACAUCAAAUAUUUCAGUGAUGGGAGGAGAAGUCAUGUCUGCAGAGCUGGCUCAUGAAAUCAUGGGGUUGCAGCUUGGCGUAUUUUUGUUUUCGGUGUGCCAUGUAGUUCUUUUGGUAACGGAAGGCACAGAUGAUGUCAGCAUGUGGCGAUAUAUGCGUACUAUUGAGAUGCUGAAGCAAGGAAUACCUGAUCCUUCUAUUUACUCCCAGUCCUCUUCGGCAUUUGAAAAUAGCGGAGACAAGGACAACGAUAGUUUGCAAGAUGAUCAGCUUGAACACUUCGCUGACGCAGUAUUUGUGCACACCAAAUUACAGGAUGUCAGUUACACGGAGAUAAAAUGUUUGGAGAUGGCUCUUAAUAGCUACUUCCCAAAUCCAGCAUUUAAUAGGAACUCAUUAAUCCGAUACGUAGUACCUCAAUUCCCACCUCCUUCUGAAUGGCACAAAAUGAGUUCUCAUCUCAAGGGGAUGCAACCUAUGCUGAAACCUGUGGAGAAUGGUAGUGAGGCUACAUCGAUCAGAAAGUUACGAAAGCCCGAGAAGGGUGUUAAUUUCUAUGUGCUUCCAUUGAAAGUUUCGGGCGAUGUCGUUCAAAACACAUAUGAGAGCUACCAUGUGAUGCUUCAGCAACUUCGCAACCAGGUUCUUUCCUUGCAGCGGCGUUCUUUUUCUAAACCCUUAUUUGAGCGGGAUUGGCUUAAAGUGUUGCCUCGUAUCUGGGAUCUUGUGAAGAAGUCUCCAGUGCUUGCAGAGUACUGCAAAAUGCUGCAAAGUUCGGGGCAUUUCAGGAGAUGAACAGCUGGAGAACCCUCAAGGAUGCAUUGUACACACUGAAACACUACACUGUCGUGAAAUUAACAUGGAAAUUUUUGCAAUUAA